AUGGUGAAGAUCCAUGGUGGAUCCAGUGGAAUUGGUACAUUCGCUAUACAGAUUGCCAAGUACCUCGGAAUUAAGGUUUUUGUCACUGCAGGAAGUGAAGAAAAACUAGUAGCCUGCAAAGUUUUGGGUGCCGAUGUAUGCAUUAACUACAGAACUGAAGACUUCGUUGAACGUAUCAAACAAGAAACCAACGGAAAGGGUGUUGAUGUGAUUCUGGAUAAUAUUGGAGGAUCAUAUCUCCAGCGCAAUCUAAACAGCUUAGGUGUUGAUGGUAGACUUUUCAUCAUUGGCUUCCAAGGGGGCAUAGCAGCUGAAGUGAACCUGCAAGCUGUGCUUGCAUGCCGUUUGACCAUACAAGCUGCUGGACUGCGCAACAGAAGCCUUGCCAAUAAGGCAGAGAUUGUUAGUGAGGUGGAAAAGAACGUGUGGCCUGCUGUCGCUGCUGGCAAAGUGAAGCCGGUGAUUUACAAGACGUUUCCGUUAUGUGAAGCUGCUGAGGCUCAUAGGUUGAUGGAAGCUAGCACCCACAUCGGCAAGAUACUGCUGCUCCCACUGCACCUGUGGCGUUUGUGCUCUUACUCUCGGAGGAGUCAGUUCAAGAACAUAUGCAACUUCUGUGACAGCCUGCAUGGAUGUUGUACUGGUGUAGCAUGUCUUUUUUUAUAUAUCUUGUAGUACUAGAUUGGAUCUUUUACCCCGAGAAAUUAUCUUAUCAAUUGGAUCCUUAAAGUGCUGAUGACAUUUUUCUGUGAGCUAUGAUAUAAUAAAUCUGGCAGAUAGAGCCACUA